CACACAUAAGCUUUGGACAAUUGGCUUUGUUGACACACUGAAAGGCGGUAGAUGAAAAUUGUUUAUUGGUGUGAGAAGCAUGAUGUGUUUUUGUGAUUGAAGGAAUCUGAUGAAAGACAUGGACGAUUUUGUAGUAGUUCAAGUGGAAGAAAUAUUACACUCCAGAUGUUGUUAUCGUCUGGUCUGCUUCAACCUGGUGAGGGCACUAUGGCCAUUGAAUACUUGGGACAGCGUUUCGUAGGAGAUCUCCUGCCUGAUGGUAAAAUUAAAUCCCAAGAAACUGAUAUAAUAUUUGCUUCUCCAAGUGCUUGGGCAAUCCAUUGUAAACGAAUUAUCAAUCCAGAUAAAAAAUCUGGUUGUGGUUGGGCAUCGGUUAAAUACAAAGGAAGAAAGUUGGAUGUCUAUAAAAACGCUUGGUUCAGGAAGAAAAAGGAAGAAGAACAGGAUAAAGAAAACAGAGAUACAGAUGACGAUGAAAUGGAGAAGGAAAAGCUCAUGUCAGUGCAGCGGAUUGUGAAACAUAAUGUGUUAGGAAUUCGUUCCAUCAAUCAUGAUCCAAACACAUUGGUUGAGAGCACAGCAUUUUCAAGCCUGGGGAAAAUUCAACCAUUUUUGGUUUCCAUGUCUACUAAUGCUGUUCUUGUUAUGGACUUCCAUUGUCAUUUAACUACCUCAGAAGUUGUGGGAUAUUUAGGAGGUCAUUGGGAUGUGAACGCACAUAAUCUCGCAAUCACACACGCGUUCCCCUGCAAAUGUCGUUUGGGAGACAGGGAAAUGGCACCACUUGUUGAAGCAGAUAUUUACCGUGCAAUGGAACAACGUCACCUUACGCUUGUGGGAUGGUAUCAUUCCCAUCCCUUCACAGCAGCCACACCAACACUACGGGAUAUAGAUGCUCAGUUGGAGUAUGAAAUAAAGAUGAAAGGAAACAGUGAUGCUAGUUACACACCAUGUGUUGGUGUCAUCUGCUCUCCAUACAAUAAAGACAACCAGUCUCUAGAGUCUGCUAUUGUGAGCUAUUGGGUGAUGCCGCCUCCAGAGAGCAAACCUCAUGAUUAUGGGAAGCCAAUGCUUAUGAGUUACAGUGUUGUGCAGGACCAGUUCCUCUCCCAAGAUGCACUUAAUGAAAUGAAACGCUGUGUUGACUUCUAUAGAAAUGAAAGUGACUUUAUAAAUUUCUCGGAAAGUUACAGAGGAAACAUUAGCUACCUCGAUAAGCUUAAGACAACAUUAUCAUCAAAAUUCCCACGUGAUCAAAGUGAUGGCAUCCUUUGGAGUUUCAUUUGUGACCUUGUGUGCCCUGGGGGAGGAGCUACAGAAAAUGGUCUUAGUUUUCUGAAUAAAUUAUUUGGCAGCCCAGAAAUUCAAAAUAGUAGUCCUGUCCCCUUGGAUAAAGUGAACCUCCUAGUUCCCAGCAUUCCAAUGGCAUCCUCGGCUAAAUCAUCACCUGUUAACUUGGCAGGUGGGAAUAUGAUGAUGAGUGCGGACAUUGCUGCUGCAUUAUUUGGAAGCGGAAAGUUUCCAUCGCCUACAUCUCUCAUGGGUUUAUCUGCAGAAGCUAGUAGGUCUUUAAUUGGAUCAAGUGGUAUUAGCAACAUGUUUAUGCCACCUUUGGGUUUUAAAAUGGAUAAUAUUAGUUUAUUGAAACCUCUUACAAACACAGUUUCUAAUCCAGUGGCAAGUACUUCAAAAGCUUCCAGUCCUGUAGCUUCCAGUCCUGUUUCAGACACUAGAAGUGCAUCACCAGCAAAGACACCACAGACUGAACCUGUAAAUCUGACAGCUGCAGAAAGUACUGAAAAAAAUUCUACAAUGAUAAACAUGGAAACAACAUGAAACUCCAUGUUUUAAUUUUAAUGUUGUAGUUAUUAUAGUAUUUUAAAACUGUAAUUUAUAUUUAACAUUUUCUAAGCAGUUCACUUUCCCAAGUGACAAUUUUCUAUUUUGUUGACGUGUGAUGAGGGAUAUAGACUAUGGACCAUUUUGGAAUAGUGCAGGUAAUGUCUGUACAUUAUGUACAGGCUGGAUAAUAUGACUGGAAACACUUGUUUGAUUUUUGUAUUAUCGGAAUACACUUACUUUCAUUGAAGCAACAAUUUCCGUGCAGACAUUUCUGGUGAAGGAGUUCUUCAUGUCUCAGAAUCUCCUUUAAGGGAUUGUGUGGAUAAAUUGUGUGUUUAUUUUAGAAUUACUGGUAGGAGUCAGCCAGCAAAAGUGACCACCUGAGUAUUACAGAUAUGUUUAAACAGGGCUGAGAAUUGAGCACAGUCCCUUGUGCUUUACAAGCAGUACUCUUUCUUGUGGAAUCAAAGCACUUGACACACAUCAACUCAGUAAGUCAGUAUGACACUGUGUCUCUCCUUUCUCACCAUGUCCAUAUUGGUCUUCGUUUCCUUUUACUGCCAUUGACAACGAGAAACAUUUUACUGAAACAAAUGUACAGUAAUAUUUUUAUUAUACAGUGCCUUUUAAGUUCAUGUUGUGUAAUACAUAUGUGAUAAAACUGCAUGGCUGAUGUAAGUUUUGAAAGGCAAUAUGAGGGAAAAAUAUGAAUUUACUUAUGUAGGUUAUGUAAUAGUGACAUUAAUGUCAUGGGGUUCUUAAAAAUUUUGUCUCCAUUGUUGUAAAUAAAACAUUCUUUGCUCUGAAUAGGAUAUUGAAACUGGUUAUGUAAUAUUUAUAGUGGGUCAGUAUUGGUAAGUGUCUUAUUUUGAUUUUCUGAGCUGUAAAAUCAUAUGUAUUCUCUGAUGCAUUUGAUGAUUUACCAGUAACAAAGUGAUGGACAGUACAGGAUGAAUCUAUCCCAGCUAGAUGGAAAAGUUGCUGUUAUGGAUCUUCUGGCUCUGUAGACUAAAUUAUACAUGGCUUAAUUUUACCUGAGAUUAUUUUAGAAAAUUUGAGUGUGUCCUGAGAUGCUACAAGUGUUGUUGUGUAAAGUUAAUGCUGAUCCCUUUGAGUAGAUAUGAUGAUGCUGUAAUUUUUGAAACAUUGGACCUGGCUUUAUACUUUUUGGUGUAUGUUGUUUUUCAGGCGUUGGAAAAUCCAGGAUGGAAUGUAACAAUAUUAUUUUUUCAUAAUUUUCAUAAUAUUGUUAUUUCAGACAUCGUUUCAUCUCUGUACCUAGCAGCAGACUCAUUCUGCUAUAUUCUAGAAACAGUGGAAAUAUCCGUUGUAACUGAAGUAAUUUCCUACUUCUUAACAACAUUGUACCAUUUUAGACUUGUAUUAUUUAGUCUUGUACUAUUCAACACAAUUUUUCCUGCCUGUGAUCAAGACCUUAAAUUAGUUGCUUUGUGAAUCUGAAUAAUGUAGUCUUCUGCUCUUUUCCUUUGCUUUAUGCAACUUAUACCUCACAUAAUUAGUUUUGAGAAUAGUAAGAAAACUUAAAGUAAUAUAUCCUCCAAUAUUAAGCACUUGGAAAGGUGUGGGAUGAGUAUAAGACAUCUUGAAGUGUGGGAAGUUUAGCACAUCACUGAAAAUAUGCCAACAUUACUUGGAAAACUGUGAAUGAAUAAAAAGAUGUGCAUCCAAAAUAUUAAAAAUCAUACAGUUACUAAGACACAUAGAUAACAGCAAUUGACAAGUCUGUUGUAAAUAGACCUGGAUACAUUAGUGCAAGGUAGCAAAGAAAAUUAAAUGAUAAUUCAACAUAUUACAGAAAUAAGUUGCAUUUACAUAACAGGCCCAUUUGUGGGAUACCAUUGGUUAAGGUAUAGGUUGCAUUACUAAAAUCACAAAUUUAACAGUUUCUUUAAACAAAAUUUUAUCAGGAAUAUAUUAACUAUUACAGAAAAAAUCCUUUUAUAUGUUAAGCGGGAGAGGAGAGGGGGCACCUAUACAGAACACAAUCAUUCUUUAUAUCUCUCUUUAGCUUGAAUAACAGCCUCCAUACUGAAGAAAUGUGGGGGCAUCUCAUAAGUCUUGCUAGGCACAACUCUAAGCAUGUGAAGAAUGGCAGGAAAUUUUGUUCUGGCAACAGUUGGGAUGUUCUCCGGCUCAUGUGAAAGCCAGUGGUCAUUUCUCCUGUUGAUUUUUGUAUCUACCAUGAAAUCUCGUUGGAAAAGAGUCUGAUUUGCUCCACUUCAUUAAUUUCCAAUGAACACAGAAGAAAACUGCAGCAGCCAACUUGUUUUGCCCCAUCAGUCUUGAAAAGCACGUCUUUACUUUCUGUGUUUGGAGUUUACUUUGAAUGUCGUCAUUGACAAUUCUACUUGUUGUUGGUCAACUUACACCAUUAACGAUUGCCAGUGAUCACAAUAAAUGCCUGGGAUUCUCUAAAAUCUGCAUUUGACCUCUUUCAAAAACUGCAACAGUUCUCACAGUGCAGACUUUCAAAUGGCACUCCCUUGCCAGUACACGGAAAUAUUUGUUUAAGUGAUGUCGAGGCAGAUGUUUUGUAGCAAUAUCGUGAAUGGUGUCUUUCCAUUAAUUAAAGAAGUGAGUUAUACCUGUACUGAGAGACCAAUUUGAAGGCCUUUGGCAGUCGAGCUUUUUUUUAAAAAAUCAGAUACAGUACUUUCUUUCAAGGACUCAGGCAUUAUGAGAUUAGGACUGGUUACUCAAAACAGUUGGAGGUGACCUCUGGUGGAAGCAGGGUAGGAUGUUUAAAUUUGUCCAAAUUUUGGUCAUGCACCUUGCAGAAGUCAGAAAUGUGAGUUCAAGGAUUAUGUGCUAGAAGUUAAAACAUAAAACAAUAACUGUGGUAACUUCAUCUGAGGAAUAAGCUGUAACACAAAUAAUAGCUUGAAAAAAUGAAAGUUGGUGUACAACAGUAUUAAUGUGAAAUAAUGACAGUGUUGUCCUAAGUUAGCAUUGCCUGUAUGGUGCAUCCUUUUUCAGCAGACACCACUCAGGUCUUUUUAUGUUUGAGGAAAAAUCACAAUGGAGUAUAAGUACAAUUACAUGAUCAGUAUUAGAAAGAAGGAAAUUUUGGAGCUUGAAAAGGCUGUUACACAUAUUAUUUUUGGCACUUUAGUUGAAGAUUAACUUUUACAUUUUCUGAAAAGCAUUGUUUUGUUUGUAAAUCCAUAACAUAUGCUUAUCUGAAACUAUGUGAAUGCAUGAAACAUUUGUUUGAAAAGAUUUCUUUGUGAAUGGCAGCGGAAAGGUUUUCCUUUCAUGUGCCAAAAACAGCUGAUUAGUGGUGACAGUGAGCAUUUUGAUUCCCCCCCCCCCCCCCUUCCACUUGCACAUGUCAACUUACUGGAUGUUUUAGGCAGCUUAACUAUGAUGCCCACACCUAGUUGUCACACUACAAAUGUAAAACUCGCAAAAGUAGAGACUGAACAAGGCGAUUUCAGCAGCCGACUCACUGGACUGAGGAGUGUGGUUUAAAUCGCUGCAUUCCAUCAUGACCUCAAUGUUCAGAUAAUAAGUUGGUGAAUUUAAACUGUCCUGUAGUAUGUGAGAAUUUGUCAAUUCCCAGUUGAACACUAAAAUUGUUUUCUAGGUAUCGUUCUUGUAUAGGUGUUUUCUCUUGUCAGUGUGAAGAUCGUGUGAACUGUCUCAUGUAAGUUGCUACAAGUAAACAACAGGCUGGGGACGGCUAUACAGUAUGAUAUAUGAACUCGUUGCUUUCUUGAUAUGGCUUACAAAAAUUCUCUUUUGUCCAUCUUGCUUUCUCUGGCAUCUGGUUCAUUCCAUUGCUGCAGAACAAAAUUAAUUCUUCCUUUUAUUCUGUAUGUCAGUGUCUGUCUGUUCAUUGUAUUAGGGAAGUUGUGAAGAAAACUGACUAAGGAUAAUCAUAUUUUAAAACUAAAGUGACCAAAUAUUUUUCCUGUAAGUGACAUUUUAUUGUGUUGAAUGAUAUCCAGCAAAUAAAUGGGUUUCUUUUGCUUUGAGUUUUUCUCUUUUUUCUAGAGAUUAUCAUUGAUAGACAUGCAAGUUACUCAGUAAUUCAUAUGCAGUAUCAAAAGUAUUCAUCAUGCUCACCUUUCUUUGGGAGAAUUAAGUAGGUUCACUGAUAUAUUUUUUCUUGUGGCUGUGUGAGCUUUUAUAAAUUUGUUCAGUGUUCUAUAAAAUGAUGGUUCUGGUGAUUGUGAACAAAAGGGUUGUCAGCAUAUCAUCUGUUCGAAACAAUUAUUGAGGUUUAAGAAUUAAUUUGAAUGUAAAAUUUGCCACAGAACUGUUUGUUUACCAUUUAUGCUGAAAAAUGGCAGAAACUGUUAAAAUAAAUAUGCAUUUCUUAGGUUUGUGUGGACGAUUUUACAGAACUUUAAAAUUUUUACAGACUGUACUGCAUCCAUGCUGUGGUACUUCACACACUGAAUGAAGAUCAGUUAAUUUAACUCUCAUCACUCUCACCGUAGUCAGUUCUCUAUUCUGAUGAUUGUACAAGCAUUGUAGACCUUUAAUGCCUUUUUUACCAGUUGUAUUAUUAAUUGUUUCACACAGUAAGUUGUGUGCAGUUAAGGAACAUUAUUUAGAUUUUUGAGCCUAUUUAAUAAACCCACAUAUUUUAUCUCUGGAUCUUCAGCCAAUGUUUAUUAACAAUUUUUCUGACGUUAUGUCAGCAUGAGUGGGUGGAAUUGUUUGAAGUUCACCCUCCGUUUGUGGUGGCUGACAGGAGUUGAGCCCUCUUUCGUAGAUUUAUGUGCCUGUCGUAAAAAUGUGUGAGGGCUCUUCUCUGGUGAUUACUGAUGUUGUCAGAAAAAUUGUUGAACUAACAUUGGUCAGAAUUUUGAGGCAGAAGACAAGAGGCAUCAAUAAGUGACCAUGAAAGCCUCAACAGUUUUGUACAAAUCAGCUGUUAAGAUUUUUUUAAAAGUAGACCACACCUGAUUAAAUCUCAUAUGAUCAUGAUCUCUUAUUCACCUCUCUUAUUUCUUCAGUAUCUGACUGUAGAAGUUAGCAUAUAAUCUUCCAACGGUCAACAUGUUUUUGUCUGGUUACGUUUAUGAUACUGUUUGGUAUUUGCUUAUAAGGGGCUGAUUGCGUAUAGUUUUGAAAAUGUAAUUGUUUUAAUACCCACAUAAAAUAUUUUGCUAUUUUUUCAUCUUUCCUUCUCAAAUUUUCUUAAUGACACACUGUAUUACCAAUUGAAAAAAAUCUGGGAAGCAAGUGUGUCUGUAAUAGUAUUUGUCAUGAUCAGUUCACUGAAAGUUUUUGCCACAUAAAAUAUCAGGUGCUGUUAGCAUGCUGUAUCAAAUAUUUCAUAGCUGCUGUUGUUUUGUCAUUAUACUUUACUGCUAGACUGUCCUGAAAGUUUGCUUUGUCUUCAACAUAAUUGGCAGGGCAAAUGUGAAGUAAUUAUGAAACAAAAUACUUGACAUUGUAUUGGUUUCAAGAGAAAAUUCCUGUUGUGUGUGCCUGUCAAUUCAAUUAGAAAUGCAAGAUCUCAUACCCACUGAGAAUCCUUAAACUCUUUUACCACCUCCUCACUUUUUUUAAUCCAUGAAUAGUGUUAUGUCUUCACUCAUGUUUCGAAUACAGAUUGACACAGAAGUCUGUUAACAUUUGAAAAUUCAGUUCUUCACAGUAAAAACUGACAUACGUGCUUGAAAUGACAAAGUGUUUUAUUGAAACAAAAGAAUGUGCACAAAAUGACCAACAGGGUGCUUCAUAUGUUACAAAAGCAGUAAUUAACAUAACAGUUUGUUUUUAGCAAAUAUAGUGUUCAUUAUAACAAAUGAUCAACAUGUUGGUUGUCUUCAUCAGCAAUACCUGUAUUUGAGGGACAAUGUUGUGAACAACACUGCACAGCCUAUCUUUAGGUAGGUUAGAAAUUUCUGUUAGAUCUUGUCUUUUAGCAUCCCUAAUGAGGUCAGGUGAUCACGAUGGCCUUGCGACUUCCAGUUAACUCCACCACCACUAAUCACACAGGUUGAAGUCUGGGAACCUGAGAGGCCAAGCAUGGUGGAAGUGGUGGCUCAUCAUGCAAUCUUCAUCAAAUUGUGUGCCCAAGAAAUCUUUCAGGCAUGUAGCAAUGUGGGUUGGAGUGCCUUCCAGCAGGUAUUUAUCAGCCAGGCUAGGGAUGGUGCAAUUUCAUAACGUAUUGGUGUACCUUGCACCUGUCAUGCUGACAGUUUGAAAAGUAGCACCCUGCAUUUCCUUGAAGGAAAAGGGUCCAAUCACAAUUGAUGUAAAUCCACCCACACGACAACUUUCUCAUCAUCCUAUGGGGUUUCCACAACAGUUCUAGGAUUUUUGGUUGCCCAAAUUAUGCAGUUAUGGGUGUUUUUGUCCUUUUGAAGAGGAAAUAUUUCGGAAAGAGGAAUUUCCACCAGGCAUAAAAUUGUUGUGGCAGUUAUAAAGCAUUGUUUCACAGAUGCAAGGAUACAUGACUUUCACUGUCUUGAGAGGUACAUGAUAACUCAGUUUUGUUGCAGCACUAUUAUGCACUACAUGAUUUUCAUCCUUGUAGUGUGUCACCGGGAAGAGUUAGAAGUCGAGGAAAAAAACACAUGAUGUGUAAUCAGUAAUAGUAAUAAUUUUAAAAAUUAUUCUUACCUCUUUCUCUGUGUUCUGUCUUAUCCAAGAAGUUUGGCUUUCCUUUUUGUACUAUUCAAAUUGAUGACAAUGUUCUCAUGAAACAGCUGGAAAUGUCAUUUUGCAUUAAUUAUACUUUUUCAACACCUAUAAUUUUAUAUCACAAAACUGAGUGCCAGUUUGUUUAUCAAUAAAAAAAGGUAAUUUUCUUCCUAAUGUGAGUUGAAGCAUAAGGAUUCAUUAAGAUUUUCAGUUUGAGCAUCUUAACUGCAGCCAUUUUCUUCUCACUAAUUUUGUCUUGUUACUACAAAUAAGACCUCAGCAUAGACAAUUAUGUCACAAAAAAUCAGUAAGUAAUGUUGCCAUGUGUGUGUGUUGGUUUGAAAAGAUAGUUGCAAGAAUGGAUAGGAAGCUUGGGGGGGGGGGGGGGGGGAGGGGGGGGGCUUGUGGAUGGCAAAAUAGUGGAGGGAGGUACAGGCAAGAACUAAGAGCACUCGUGCCCACAGUCACUUUUGCACAUCCCUGGUGCAGAUGAUGAAAUACUUGUGUCUCGCUUGUGAUCAUGAAAUUGUGAUGCAGGUUGCAAUCAAAUACCUCACCUUUGUUUACUCUCUGUGUGAUGUUUGUGUGCAGAAGCUGAAUUUUAUUGGAAGACCUUAUUCUCUCAUUCCAUAAGGA